UAAUGACCGAAUCAGCUCCCAGCGCAUUUUUCACGACAUCAACACCGGCUGAUCACGUACACGAGGAAGAAUCAUCGAAUACCGGUUAUUUUGAGAAUUUGCCAGAAAACGAUAUUCAUUCAUUUUUUGAAAUUGACGCCACAUCUGAAUGGAUUAAACAGGGAAAUCAUCAACGAAUAGCUCUACAAUUCCCGGAUUCUCUGCUUCCAUACUCGGAAAAAGUCACAAAACUCAUCGAAAGCAGAUUUCGAUCUGAAAGUGCAAAGAAGACAUUUGUUCUAGCUGAUACUUCUUAUAGAAGCUGCUGUGUUGAUGAAGUCGCUGCUGCUCACGCUGAUUGUACAGCUCUUGUUCAUUUUGGAGAAGCAUGUCACAGCGCACCGACGGAUAAAAUCGAUGUUAAAUAUGUUCUUGGAAGUAUGCCCAUAUUCAUCGAUCAAUUUCGAAUGGAAUUUCAAAACGUCGCAGAUCAGCUCACUGCCGAGCAUAUCGUGUUGCUCAUGGAUUCAUGUUUUUCUCACGAACAAGAAAAAGUUGCUGCUGUAAUUAAAGAAGUCUUACCUGGAAAUCGACACGUGGAAUGCUCACUGCUUCCCAGUGAAGAUGUUCUGAAACAGAAUCGCCAAAAUAUAUACCUCGGCCGGGAAAUCCCUUCAUGUCUUCGCAACAAUCAGCCCACCGACCUUAUCUUCUGCGGUUUUCCCAACUCUCCGCUUCUUCCGAUUUGGCUUCUCUCGUAUCCAAGUUGUAGUACAGUGUCGCAUUUCAAUCCAAUUAAUAAAACAAUUCAACAUGAAAGCACCCGCUCGUCUCGUCUCCUUCGCAAACGACUUUUUCUAGUGGAAAAGCUGAAGGAUGCGGACACUGUCGGACUGGUCGUUGGCAGUGUCGGAGUCGAUAAGCAUCGUGAAGCGGUAAAACGAAUGCGUGAGAUGUGCAAGAAAGCCGGAAAGAAAAUUUAUGUUAUCUCAGUUGGAAAGAUCAAUGUUCCGAAAUUGUCGAAUUUUUCCACCGAUAUCGAUGUCUUUGUGCUUCUCUCGUGUCCAUUUGGCGUUGUACUUGAUUCAUCCGAUUACUUCAGACCUGUCGUGUCAUAUUUUGAAGCUGAAAUCGCCUUGAAUCCAGCAAAAACGUGGGCAGCAGACUUUGGUUGGUCGGCCGAGUUCGCCGCGUUCCUUGAAGACAAAAUCGAAACGGAAGUGCCAGACGACAAGGCCGCCGGAGAUUUCAGUUUGAUUUCUGGAAAAGUUCGUGUUCAGAAGACAGAGGAGGAGAAAAAUGGAGAUGGUCCGAGUUCUGUUGCAAUCUACAAUCCGGGUUACUGUAACGAUAGAACCUGGAAGGGAUUGAAUGAUGGAGUUAGUACAGCGGAAGAUUCCACGAAAAUGGGUGAAGGACGUAGUGGAAUUGCUCAAGGAUAUUCUGGAAAAUAAGAUUUUAGUAUUUUGUUCUUGAUUUGUUUCAUUUGAAUUUUUAUUUUGUUGUUUCGUUACCAAUUCACUGUUAUUGUUCUUGUUGUCACCCUAUAAUAUUCACAAAUUUUAUUACUGAUAAAAAAUGAUAAAAUUCAAA